UGUCGAGAGUUGUAUUUUGUUUCUGAGACAGACAUGCUGAAGGCGAUGCGUAUGGCAUUGAUGGAUGAAGUGAUGAAGUCCGGUAAGGUGAUAUCCAAUGAGAAUUUCACAGCACUUUAUAACUUUAUCGGUGUUCUAUCAGAGCAUUUCCCGACGUAUUCGUUUUCGAAUAAUCUUCAGCGACAACAUCGAAGUCGACGCUCCCAAUCAGUAUUGCGUAUGAGUACACGUGCACGGCACGUCUUCAUUCAUAUGCGCGAAUUCCUCAAUAAGCACUUACCGCAAAUGCAGGUGAAUGCAUCUGAUUGGCAGCAACACUUCGUCAAUAUGGAGCGUGUGUUCGGUAACCCGUUCCCGACGAACGCAUCAUGGGUUCAUUGUAAGGGAACACGACCUCAGUAUCGAGGUUACACAUGCGGCCUGUGGACAACAUUCCAUGCGCUCACUGUAAAUGCUUACAUGAACUCGUUGGAAAGAGAGCUGCAGCCUUUGCAAAUACUCAGUUCAAUCAAACAAUGGGUCGAUAGUUUCUUCGGAUGUUUACACUGCAGACAACACUUUGAUCGAAUGACCACAAAGAUAUUCCCGAUGACUGAGAGAUGGAUCCGUCAACCCAGUGAUAUGAUGAUGUACUUAUGGCGAGCGCAUAACAUCGUUAAUCAACGUCUACACAACGACCCAACCGAAGAUCCACAAUUCGAGAAGUAUCAAUUCCCUGCACCAUUCCUCUGUCAGUCGUGUCAAAUCGGUAGCGAUCAUUUCAGUAAGAAGGAGGUGCAUCGAUUCUUGAUGAGGUUUUAUGGUAACAUUAGGGCUUAUCAGCCUGAUGCUCAAACAUAA